AUGGCAUUUUCCACACCUGUGAUGUUCGCAGAUGCGGUCCAGCGCUCGCAGAAGCGGAGUCAGAUAGUUAAGUGGUUUCCGCAGAUGCGGGGUUCUAGCCGCAGAAGCGGUUCCGCAUGUGCGGAUAAGAGGCCGCAGGAUGAUGAUAUGAUAGUUCCAAAUUGGGAAUUGGAAGAUAUACAUGAUGGUGUGGGUGAGGGUGGGGGUGGGGGUGGGGAUAAGGGUGAGGGUGAGGGUGAGAGUGAAGGAAGAAAUAUAAGAGAUCCUAGAUACGUAGCUUCUUGUGGACGUCCAAGGUUGAAUAGAUAUAGAGGGCGAAUAGAUUCAUACUUUAGAAGUUCACAAAUGGGUGGUGGAAGUGGAGUUAGAGGUAAUAGGAUGGGUAGAGGUGGUGGUAGAAGUGGUGGUAGAGGCCGUGGUAGAGGUCGUAGUAGAGACCGUGGUAGAGGUCGUGGUAGAGGCCGUGGUAGAGGUCGUGGUAGAGAUGGUGGUAGAAGCGGUGGAACUCCUCGACUAGCGAAAGGAAUUGAGCUAAAUGAUGCAACAGUACCACCACAGAGUAGCUUGCUUGAUCUAAACAAUGAAGCAAACUGGGAAGUGGAACACUUGACCGUUUAG